AUCCGCGCAGCUUUUCUCCAGUGAUGCUCGUCUCUCCUCUUCUGAGAGGACUUGAACAAAUGAAGCCUAGUUUCUUCUGCUCGGGGACUUUGCUCGUGUCAUCGGACUGUUUAGAUUUGUUAUUCUGACUGUGAGGAGAGACUAUGUGUUCUUCAGGAUGGGUGCGAACAAUGGCAAACAGUGUGGAAGUGAAGGCAAGGCUAGCUCCAGUAUCUCCUCCGAUGUGAGCUCCAGCACCGAUCACACGCCCACCAAAUCUCCCAAGAAUGUGGCUACCAGUGAAGAUUCGGAUUUGAGCAUGAGGACGCUAAGCACUCCCAGUCCUGCCCUCAUUCUGAAGUCAAACCCUUCCUGUGUCUUCCCUCAAACAGUCCCAAAUGGCCAUGAAACGUCUUCCACAUCUUUUAACGUCACUGGGGAAACCGUUGCCCUGGUUCACCCGCCUCCAGGCACUCGCUCACGGCCUUCUAAAGUUCCUCCCACCACUCUCAUUGAAAUCCUGCCUGAUUCUGUUUUACUACACGUCCUGUCCUACCUGUCCACCCCUCAGCUGUGCCGCUGCGCUCGAGCGUGCCGCCGCUGGUAUAACCUGGCCUGGGACCCGCGACUCUGGAGCACCAUUCGUCUGAGCGGAGAGCUGCUGAACGCUGACCGAGCCCUCAAAGUGCUCACCCAUCGGUUAUGCCAGGACACUCCCAACGUCUGUCUGACCCUGGAGACGGUUGUGGUCAGCGGCUGCCGGAGGCUGUCAGAUCGAGGGCUACGUGUGGUCGCUCAGUGCUGUCCAGAGCUGCGGCGUUUGGAGGUUGCAGGCUGCUAUAAUGUGUCCAACGAAGCAGUGUUUGAUGUGGUGUCCCAGUGUCCCAAUCUGGAACAUCUAGACGUAUCAGGCUGCCCUAAAGUGACGUGUAUCAGCCUGACGGAGGAGGCAUCGCUACAGCUCACACCUCUACAUGGACAACAGAUCGGCCUGCGAUACCUGGACAUGACAGACUGUGUAUCACUGGAGGACAAAGGCUUGAGGACCAUUGCCUUUCAUUGUCCAUGUCUCACACACCUCUACCUGCGGCGCUGCAGCCGGCUAACAGACGAGGCCCUGCGACAGCUAGCACUGCACUGCACCGCUUUACGUGAGCUUAGCCUUAGCGACUGCCCUCUGAUUGGAGACUUUGGCUUACGUGAGGUCGCUCGCCUGGAGGGCCGCCUACGCUAUCUGAGUGUGGCACACUGUAUACGCAUAACAGACGUUGGACUGCGUUAUGUAGCACGUUACUGUCCGCGGCUCCGCUACCUGAAUGCACGGGGAUGCGAGGGCUUGACGGACCAGGGUUUGAGCCACUUAGCUCGCAACUGCCCCCGAUUGAGGUCUAUAGAUGUUGGGCGCUGCCCGCUGGUGUCAGACGCCGGGUUGGAGGUGUUAGCACGCUGUUGUGAAGGGCUACGAAGGCUGAGUCUGAGGGGCUGUGAGAGUUUGACAGGGAGAGGGCUCGUGGUGCUAGCAGCGGGAUGUCCCGAGCUGCAGUUACUAAACGUACAGGAGUGUGAGGUGCCACCUGAGGCACUUCGACUGGUGCGACAGCACUGCAGACGCUGUGUUAUCGAACACACCAUACCUGCUUUCUACUGAGGGGACAGGUUCGGGACGCCAGAGGCCUCGACCUCUGAAAAACAGAUGUUUAUACUUUUUGCAUUCCUAUGACUGCCUGAUGAGAUGCAACAAGGUGGAUGUGUCUCAAAACCUAGUGCAUGGGCGCUCAGUACUGCUCCUGGAAGGCCACUCGUGCAGAGUUUAGCUUUAACUCACCUGACCUAACAUUUUGAGUAAUCCUGACUGUAAUUGGUUGGUUCAGAUGUUCAGAUAUUUUGGGCUUGGAGCUAAACUCUGCAGGACAGUGACCUUCUAGGAGCAGGACUUUACCUAGUUAAUCAAUUCACCCUUAUCUGUUUCAUACAUUUGAAAUCUAGGAGUCUGUACUAAAGGUUAUGAGUUGAAUCAGAUGUUUGACUACAAAGAGUUUAAAAUGUGCUCAACUCAGGGCUGUCAAACCCUGCUCAUGAAGGAUCACUGUUGUGCAGAGUUUUGCUCCAACACACCUGCCCAGAAGUUUCUAGUAAUCCUAAAGACCUUGAUUAGUUUGUUCAGAUGUAUUUAAUUCAGGUCCAAAGUUUAAUUCAGGAUCUCAAGGAGCAGGAUAGGCAACCCUUACCUAGUGAGUCAACUUGUCGUCUACUUAAGUGUUUUGCAACCUUGUUUCUGGAGGCACACCAACACAUUGGUACACAUUUUGGAUGUUUCCUUUAUCUGACCCAUCCAUUUCAAGACUAGAAGUCACCACUAACAAGCUGACGAGUUGAUUUAGGUCUUUGAUAAGGAAGAGUUUGAAAAUGGGAAACAUUGGCCUACUGAAAUUCUGGGGCAAAUAAAGACCUCAAAAAGCUUGUUCUGGAUGUGUUUAUUUGGGUUGGAGCUAAACUCUGCCAAAAUGUAGCCCUCCAGAAGCAGGGUUGGUGAGUCGACUUGUAUACUGCCGCAGGGUUUAAUUUGGUUUUGUUUGUGUAUGUUUUUGUGACUCUCAAAACUGUGAUUCCCAUCCACUUUCAUUAUAAGACUGACAGACUGCAACGGUUUGAGUUAAAAAUCUCUGUUUGUGUUCUACUGAAGAAUCAAAGUCACCUACAUCUUGGACGCCCUGAGGGUGAGCAGAUAAACGUCACAUUUUCAUUUUUGGUUCAACUAUCCCAGAAAUGAAAAUAGUACUAUCACACAAAUAGUGCUUUACACAUCAGACUGAUGCAACAAUCACAGUUUUGACGGUUGCAUGUCAAAGACAGUUCCUUAGGUUUUGAGACACAUCUGGUGUGUAAUGUUGCUCUUGUAAUAAUAAUAAUAACAAAAACUACAUGACAUAUAGCAUAAUAUUUAUCACAUGAAAGAGAUGCAUUAUUGUCACUGUACAUCGCCAGUAAGCUUGUGUUUCCUAGGGGUUUGUUUGGGUUGAUUUAUGUUUUGUUUUCUAUGAAAGCUCUUUAGCUGGUUGUCUAUGUCCAGAGUCCAUCCAUUACAUGGUUAAAAUGUAAAACUGUUAAAUCAUUUAAAUAUGUACUACUUGCUUUUACCACAGAAGAAAGCAAGUUAAAAAUGGUGAAUAAGAUUGAAAGCAUUUUCUAUUUGGGUGAAUUAUUCAUUUACUUACAUAGAAUCUUAUAGUUUUCUUCAGAAAACUGAUAUCUGAUGUCAAGAAAUGGACUUGGUUCAAAAUAACCAGGAAAAUAUGGGCAUUUGCACUUUAAAGGGCAUUACUGACAAUCUCAAAAUGAUCUAAAAGUCUGAUAUUUGAUAUCCCAGAUAGCGUUUACGUUUCAUUUUGUGAAGGCAAUAUGUCGCUGCUAAAAACACUCAAUAAAGGGCUACUUAUUU